UCCAGUCUACGCAUGUCGGCACUGCUCCGUUUCAUUCGAAAAUCGUAAGAGGCAAUACAAAAUUUUCUGCUCGGCGGCACCGUACGAAACAGAGGUGUGGCAAGACGAGUCAGCAGCUGUCUCAAUGGACGCGGCUCCUCGGGCAGUGGACAUGUUCCGUGGACGUCUGGCGCUCGUGACUGGCGGCGGCAGCGGCAUCGGGCAGGCUGUGUGCCGCCUGCUGGCCCAAAGAGGAGCCCGCGUCGUGGUGGGAGAUGUCAACCUGGAGGCAGCCAACGCCACGGUUGCGUUGCUUCAAGAGCUGUCAGGGGGUGCUGAACAUCGGGCCCUUCACAUUGACGUUGGCUGUCCUCGGUCAGUGAGCAAAGCAUUUGAGAGCUUCGAAGGGGACAGGGGAGAGCAAGUGUCCAUUGUCGUCCACUGUGCCGGUAUACUGCUGCCCCCUAAGUCAUUCCUGGACGUCGACGUAGAUGAAUUCGACCGAAUCACUCGAGUGAACCUUCGGGGUACCUUCUUGGUCACGCAAGCAGCGGCCCGCUGCAUGCUACGGCAAAAGGUGACCGACGGCAGCAUCGUGAACAUGUCCAGCGUCGCAGCCAGGGUUACCCUACCGGGCGCUGCGGCGUACUCUGCCACCAAGGCAGCCGUCACGAACUUCACCAGAUCAGCAGCGGUGGACCUUGCCGGUAGCGGAAUCCGCAUCAAUGCCGUGGCGCCGUGCAUGACGGAAACGCCCAUGGUCAAGGCGUUCGGCGAGGCGCAGCGUUCGAAGAUCUCCUCCGGCAUCCCGAUGGGCCGGAUGGCGAUGCCCGACGAAGUCGCCGCAGUGGUCGCUUUCCUCUGCGGCCCCGACAGCGCGUUCGUCACAGGUACCACCGUCGACGCCAGCGGUGGCGUCUAGAGAUGCCACAAGUGAAUUGGGAAUUACCACUGCUAGCUAAAUGUUGGACAGAGAUCUUCGACGCUUUUUUUAAAGAUGGCGCUACCAAGCAGCGAGGUGAAGGCGUACUACCGACAUCGGAAACAACUUACACCCGUGGAAAUCACAAAUAUCAUUUUCCCUUGAUGCAUUUUCUGCAAGUGACCCGUCCAUUUCUCUGCAUUUCUUUUUUGUUUUUAAUGUGGUUGUAUUCCUGGCCUACUUCUCCUGCUUUCGUGUUAUCUUUCUUUAUAACCUCUAUCGACUUGCUGUGAGCGCACCGCAGAGGUGCAUGUCUGAUUGACAUAAGUGAGAACACGCUAUAUUCUAGCUGACAACGAACGUUAAUGUUUUACGUUAAGUUCAUUCGAAUUCAGGUAUAGUGAAACCCAAUAUACAGUGACAGCGGGACAACAGCAGCCGUGGUGGGGAGGCCACGUUUAGUAAAGUUUUCUUUGUGGUAUCCGAUGGUGAAGGCGCUGUGGUCUGAGGUGGCGCUGUGUGCAGCGUGAGUGUAAUAAUGCGAUUUGCAUUCUUAGCCUUCUACCUGAACUACACUUCAAAAAAGUGUCUUCAGCUAUACGGUGUGUCGCUACCAUACUUGAAUGCUAAUUGCAUUAACGUCGAUAGUCAUCGUGAGAUGACUAUCGACUGAUGAUGAAUUUUUUUCUGUUUUACUAGCCUUGUUUCUUCUAAUUGCAAAGACAAUAUGUUACUGCUUCAAGUAAUAAACAUACCAGGGUUAGUCAGCA